UGAAACGCUGCCUACGCAUCUCUGAGCCCUGCCUAUCACCCCCCGGCUAGCUGCGUUAUCGUCUGGUGCCGGUUGGAUUUGAGAAAACGAUGGAGGUAAGAACCGGGGCAUUUGCCUAUUGUUUUCCUGCUUGUUGUUGUUUUCUUCCUUUUCUGUCUCACGUCGUCGUUCGUUUUUCCGGUGAUUACGGCCCUAUGUGGUCUGGCCGCUCAAGUGGGUGGUGCGGUUGCGAUGCGGUUGGUCCAGGUGCCACCACCACGGGAAUCAAAAGCAUGGAGAGCCAUGGAGAGCCACGGGAAGCCACGGGAAGCCACAGAGCGCGACAGAGACGGAGGAAGCGACUGAUCAAGGAUCCCAAGUCGACUAUCCGGGGUGUACCACCAUCGAUCCCGGCAGCCUCGCCUUGUCAAUCACUCACCCUCUCGGCCGCGCCUCUAGCCCUCGACCCGUCCCGUGUGUGUCGUUACGCCGACCCGAUAUGGAGCGGCUCCUGGCUGCCGGCGGCGGUGGCGGCGGCGGUGGCCUGGCAGGUUGACUCACUGCGCAGACAGGGCUGGGUUGGGCUGCGCUGCGGAUGAGCUUGUGUUACCCUGAGCGAGCUGGCUUCGUUAUAUUUGGCCUUUGGCCCCGUGGCCCGCGUUUCGGCCCAUGCUCCUCCACGCCCGGGACCUCAAAGCCCAAGCAGAACCGACCAGUGUGGCUGCGACAGCAACCGCAAAUACGACAGUGUGCGCCUCGUGUCCACGGCAGUCCGGCACCCAACCUCCCACUGCCGUGUGUCGCAGCCUGGCCGGAGCGACUGGGCCAUAGACGGGACACGUCCGAUUACGGCACGCGGCGGAUGGGCAUCGACGACCCGGAGCAACACUGAAGUGUCGAAGAAGUGCCAGAUGAUAU